AUGGGUCUCAUCAACAAGAUCGAACACAAGAUUUCAGAAAAGAUGCACGGCGGACACCAACAACCUCAGCACGGCGAGCACGGCGGACCUGGCGGUCCCGGAGGACCUGGCCCUCACGGCGGCCAAGGUGGUCCCGGCCCUCACGGCGGUCCCCACGGCGGCGGUAAUGGUCCCCACGGUGGUCAGGGAGGUCCUGGUGGCCCUCACGGUGGCCAAGGUGGCCAAGGUGGUCCUGGUGGCCCUGGCGGUCCCGGUGGCCCCGGAGGACACGGAGGUCCUCACGGUGGUGGCCACGGUGGUCCUCACGGCGGCCCCGGUUUCUAA